AUGUCGGAAGCUCAAUCAGACCUUUUCCUCCCUCACGCAUUAACGGAGCUGGAGAGGCUGAUGGUGGUCUGGAGUGAUCCGACUGUAGCGAGAGCGGCAAGCCUAUCCAUCAACAAUUUCAUCAAUAGCAAGGUACAGGAGAUAAAGUCGCGCUGCACAAGUCCCAGCCACGUCCUCUCCUUCGACAACUUUCGAAGUCUCUUAGAGAUCUACAAGAGUAUCAAGUCUCUCGGAAACGCAGAAGCCGCUGACAGUGUUACCGCUUUCCUCGUGGACAAAAUUCAACAAAAGGUUGAGUCCCAUCCUUCAAAAUCCACGUCUGAUGCUGCUCGAAUGUCCGCCCUCGAACUGUUCGAGGACUUGGAGUUUUGGGUAGCGCUCAAGUCUUUGCUCGAGGGUUCGUUUUCGCCUGGCACCAUCACGGACUCGAUCACAAAACUUAUUCUACUUGAUCUGGCUGCCUGUCCAACCGAUGUCGUAGCCAUCCCAGAGUCGCUGAGAGUCAUGGAAAUUGGCGCGUACCUCAUGGGGGCGCUGCCUUCCAUGGAGCUUACGGCGGCGAAGAACACGCACGCAAAAAUCACCACUGACCUUCAGACUCAAAUUCGACGUUUGCAAGAGCAGGCUGUUCAGAAUGAAGCGACCAUCAGAAGACUGAAUCGGGACCAGGAGUUCUGGAUCCAGGAAAACAUUGGUCUCGAGGCUGAUGUACAUGGUCUGACUCAGCAGCUAUCCAGUAUCCAGUCGCCAGAUCCCGAAUUACAGCAAGAGAAUCUUGGGCUGCAGACCGAGAUAGCCGACUUAGAGGCCGAGAAUGCCGGAUUGGAGAAGAAAUCUAGGCAUUUAAAGAGCAAACUUCGAAAUAGCAUCCGCAAGCUCAAAGACGAGGUGAGUAUCCUGAGACAAGCGCUGUUAGACCAAAAGUAUGCUCAUGAUACUGAUGAUAAGAUAUAUGACGAGAGCUUUCAAGGCAGAGCUGAGAAGCUCACGGAGGAGCUAGCUGAAGUGGAAGAAGACAAGGCAGCAUUAGCGAGAGAUAAUGACAGGCUCGCUGUCGAGCAAGCAAGAGUAAUGGAGUCGCUGGCAGAGUUGGAGGACAGCAAGACUGCGAUGUCUAAUGAGAUCCACAGACUCGGCACGGAAAAUGAUCGUCUAGAACAGGAGCUCAAAGACGCGAGUGACAGCCUCGAGGAGGCGGAGGACGACAGAGCGAUGUUGUCCAGGAAUGCCGAAAAGCUUACUUCAGAGCAAGCUCGUCUGAAGAAAGAGCUCAGCGACGCUCAGGACAUCCUUCACCGAAUCAGCUUCUUCAGCUCCUCUAUCCGGCCAAUCGCCAACUACACCCCAUCACAAGAGGCCAACACUGACGCCAAUGCCAAUGCUGACACAGAUACCACGACCUCUUCUACGGGGGUGCUGACCCCUCCUUCCAGUACCCCGACGACGCCUUGGUGA